UUACAGUUGAACUUGCCACAUCCAAAGACUAUUAUUAUGUCUCCUCGACGCAAACAACCACCUUUCACUAGAUCAGCUGGGAGGGGAAGAGGUUGUUUUCAACGUCGUCAGUUAGGUGCAAUAGAGGAGGAAUCGACUGCAUCCACCAUUCGGGCAGCACCUGCUGCUGAACAAAUCGAGACUCCUCCACAUCCUCCACCUCCUCUGCCACUUACUAGUAUUCUUGCUAUGCCUCUUGAGGCAGUUCAAGCAUUAGCAGCCUUCUUUACUGCUAUUGCUGGCCAGGCUCAGGCUGGUCAAGUUCUUCCUACAGUUCCUCUGGCUGCUCCUUCAGUACCACCAUCCCCACCUCCUGUCCCACCACCAGUGCUGGAUGUUUCUGAUUCUAAGAAGCUUAAAGAGGCUAGGCAACAUAGUUGUGUUUCUUUUAUGGGUGAGUCGGACGCAACCGUGGCUAAAGAGGUGGUGCGAAUGGCUUUAAGAGCCGAGAAGCUUGCGAAUGAAAAUAAGAGUCUGCGAGCUGAGUUAGCAAAAAGGAGAAGUCUAAGUGUAUCUUCUAGUCAGCCACCAAACAGGGGCAAAAACUCCUCUGUUUCAGGAAGUUCACGUAGAUGCAGAAAUUGUGGGAAUUAUCAUGUUGGGCCGUGCAGAGGGCCUGCACGAUGUUUUCAUUGUGAUCAACUGGGUCACAUUAGGAGAGAUUGUCCACAGUUAGGACGGGCUACGGUAGCUGCUCCAUCUCCACCAGCUCAUACGGAUAUACAGAGGAGAGAUUCCUCUGGAUUGCAACCGAGACAGGGAUGAUUUUGACAUACCACCAAGGGUAGAUUAAAUAAGUUGAAAUUAGUGCUCUAAUAAAGUACGUAUGAUAGAAAGCUAGUUUGUAAGUUGUAGUUUUCAUGAUCAUGAAAUAUAUAAAGAUUAUCAAUAUAUGGACAUACAUUUGGAGUUGUAAUUUACAAGUUUGAAGUAUUUAAGAUAUGAUUAAAUGGAAUUAGCAUUAGUUAGGGUACGUAAAUCUUUUAAUUAAUUUCUAUGGAGUAUCCAUGAUAGUAGAAUGGAGGAACAUCGUGCAGUGAUGCUAUAUGGUGAAAUCACUAUACAAUAUGGAAAGGGUAUUUUCGAGUGGGAUUUAUUGACUGAUGAUAAGUGAUGAGCAAUUUGAGAUACAUGUAGCUAUGAAUAAAUUUGGAGAUCUUUGCUUAAGCAAACUCGUAUUAAAUGUUAUGGUAAAGAUAUAUGA